AUGGCAUCGAUAUGCCCUCCAACGUUUCCAUCGGGGCGUACGGAUCCUAACCCUCACUGGCAUAAUUUCACCAACUCCAAAUUCUCCACUUAUAAAUUGAAUAAAAGAUGGUCGCAAGCGACUUUCAACUCGCCUACUCUGAAUAGGGUUUCGGAUUUGAGUCGUUGUUGCCGCUGCCACAAGAAUAACAAUGGGAAUUCGGAGUCGGGUUCGGAGAAGAAAUCUGAGUCGGAUUGGUGGUGGGACAUCGAUAUUCAGGAGACUUUUAGGAGUGCGAUUAAGAAGUUUGAUGAGUAUUUGAAUUCGUGGGGUCGGAGAUGGGAAAGUUUUGGCGUGGCUGAAGUGAAGAAUGGAGUUGAGGAGGAAAAUGAAGAGUGGGAUUGGGAGCGGUGGAGGAAGCAUUUUGCAGAGGUUGAUGAGCAAGAGCGUAUUGUCUCGGUUUUGAAGUCACAGUUGGCUCGUGCUAUUGAUAGAGAGGAUUAUGGAGAUGCUGCUAGGCUUAAGGUGGCAAUCGCAGCUGCAGCAACAAAUGAUACUGUUGGCAGAGUAAUGUCCCAUCUGAAGAAAGCUGUUCAGGAAGAACGUUAUGGUGAUGCAGCUCUUGUACGUGAUUAUGCUGGUACUGGAUUGGUUGGAUGGUGGGCUGGAAUUUCAGAAGACAGUAAUGAACCUUAUGGUCGUAUUAUUCAUAUAAGUGCGGAGCACGGGCGAUAUGUAGCCAGAAGUUUUAGUCCUAGGCAGCUUGCCACAGCAUCAGAUGGUGCCCCCCUGUUUGAGAUAUUUCUUACAAGAAAUAAUAAAGGCGAGUAUAAGCAGCAGGCUGUGUACUUAAAACGGAGAGGAGCUCAGCAGAAUCCCUCAAUUCCAUCUUUCAUGUCAUCAGGAGUUUCCAGUAAUGUGGAUUCUCAGGAUGCAACUGAAAACAAAAAUGGGCUGUUGGAUAAAAACACUAAAAACACAGAAGAUGGUGAUGAAAGUGAUGAUGAUUCGGGUUUUGAGAAUGUCUUGCGGGACAUGAUUCCUGGUGUGAAAGUCAAGGUUGUGCAAGUAACAACACCAAUAAAGGUGGACAGGGAUCUAAUAUCAAAGGCGAUUGAACAGAUAAUAGAUGAAGAAGAGGAAGAGGAAGAAAAGGACUUCGAUUUAGAAAAUGUAGAUGCUGAAGAUGAAAUCAAAGGUGAAACUGAUGACGAGCAAAAUGAUAUUGACAUUGACGCUGGUAAUGGAAUUAAUGAUGGUGAAGAGCAAAGUCAAAUUUCAGUUAAGGUGGUUGUGGGUGAGGGUCUCAUACAGAAAUUUUCCAGUGGUGCACACCAUAAAGACUUAGUUCGGGUACCUGCCAGGCUACGGAAAAAAGGUCGGUUGUCAUUUACUUUUACCGUUGAGGAAGAUGAUGAUAAACAUAUUUCUAGCGGUGAUGGGCAGUCUUCAUUGAAUAAAAAUGCUAAGCUUCAAGGUCAACGUAGUAUGGACCUUGUUAUGCUUGAUCUUGUCAAGUCCAUCAGCAAGGGAAAGAUACCCAUGAAGGUGCUUAAAGAUGUUGGUGAAUUAAUAAAUCUCACUAUCAGUCAGUCUCGAAAUCGUCAGCCACUUUCUGGGUCAACCACAUUUAACCGCAUUGACAUUUCAGCAUCUCCAGACCCACUGAAUGGACUCUAUAUUGGUGCACAUGGGCUUUACACUUCAGAAGUUAUUCAUCUUAGACGCAGAUUUGGUCAAUGGAAGGAUGAUGGUAGCUCAAAGAAGCCAUCAAAAGUUGAGUUCUAUGAGUACGUUGAAGCUGUGAAAUUAACUGGAGAUCCUUAUGUACCAGCUGGCCAGAUAGCAUUUCGUGCAAAAGUUGGCAAGAGAUAUCAGCUUCCUCAUAAAGGGAUUAUUCCAGAAGAAUUUGGGGUGGUUGCUCGAUAUAGGGGACAGGGGAGGCUGGCUGAGCCUGGAUUUCAGAAUCCUCGAUGGGUUGAUGGCGAACUUGUUAUCCUGGAUGGGAAGUACAUCAAAGAAUUGAGUUCCUUCUGCCAUAAGUUCGAGAUUGUUAUUCUUUGCCCACUUCUGGUUAGUUUAGGUUGUACUUGUUACGGUGGAAUCCUUCUGGGUGAAGAGCAGUCGAGGAGCUGA